CCUUUGUCAUAAAAAAUAAAUUUAUAAGAGAUCCUAGAUAGAGAAAUUGAAUUAAAUUUUUACUUCUCAAACUAUAUCACAGGCCAUUCAUCCAAAUAUUCAAGAAUUCCAAAAAUUCAAUUUCAUAAUAUUAAAUAUAUUUAGUAUUCCAAUAUUAAAAUAUGCAAUAUUUCAAAAAUAUUUGUAAAAAAUAAUCACAUACACAGGGCCUUAAGUUCUACGAACAUAUGUAUAUCUAUCAGUAAUAAAUACAAAUAAUUUUCUUACUUCGACUAUAAAAUUUAUGAAACAAAAUUAUUUCUUAACGUUAAUUUUAAAUUGUACAUAUAUACAGAAAAUGUAUUUAUAUUAAACAUAAUUAAAAAACAACAGAUUUUUAAGCAGUAGUAUGUUCAUUCAGCGUCAAUAAUGCAUCAAUUACCAAUAAUGCAUUAUGUAUAAUCGUAUUAUUCACGUGUGAUUAAAAUUAGUUGGCGUGACGCACAAACAAUUGCCACGAUUUAUAAUAAAACCUAAUUUAUAACGAAAAUAAUUAAUAUUCCUUCAUCACAUAUUAAACAACAGUAUAAUGUAACCUAAAAUAUAAAAGAUAAAUACAAGAGAAAUUACGUAACUAAAUUCUCCAAUAUACCGCGUCGUCAAAAAUUGCGUCAAACUUAUUAAACAAAACGUCGCAAUAGAAUCUUCCUGAUAGAGAUCACUAUGAUAACGGAUGAAUGACGAGGGGCUUGACGAAAUCACACGGGAGAGGCGAGUUGAUAAGAGAAGCAGUGUACAAUUAAUCACCUGCCACGACAAACACGCCCAUCCCGCUAAUGUGAUCGUUCCGGCGUGGCUACCGGGAGUGGAGUCGAGAAUCAUUUGUCCGACGACAACGCACCGACAAGGCAUUCCGGCAACUCCACUUCCGGCGGUACCAUCGAUACCAUCGAUACCGGCGAUACGAUCCAUCGGCGAACGUCGUCGAGAUGCGUGCGAAAAGAUUUCGCGUUUCUACGCAUCGGCUCCGCCGUCGAUCGCCAACAUCAUAGGCAGAGAGAGAGAGAGAGAGAGAGAGACGCGGCGCCGAUUAGCGUUGCGCCCUACGCGUCGCGACGCCUGGCGUCGAGCGCGCCAGUAGACGGCGAACCGUGCUGCAGGACAGACGACGUCGGGCGCAACGUCGAGUUCCACUACUUCUCACGGCCUAAGCGAACCCCGUACCGGACCUCUCGCUCGUUGCUUAAUGACCUCCGAGUGAAACGGAGAACGAUAUCGCGCGCGCGAGAAUACCGUUAUACGUUAAAAUAGUCCUUUCACGACGUCGCUUCAAAAAAACAAAAAGAGAAAUAGAGAAAGAGAGAAAGAGAGAGAAAGAGAGAAAGAUAAAGAAACAAAAAAACGCGAAGAAAUGAAAAAUUUGCCGCGAAAGGUUUAAAGACCAGGGAGAAUUGGGGAUCGGUAUAUAAUCCGGAUGAAAGGCACUGUCAACGUUAGAGAUACGGGAGAAGAGAGAGAAAGACCUUAUCGCUAAUCUCCCGGCCUUCUCCCUUCGUCCCAAAUAAACAUAUAGAUCAACUUCGCGCGUCUAUAUAGCGUCGCGGAGCUCUAAGCUCCGUAUACCAGAGCCGUAUUCGAAAUUCUUGUUUAAACAGGGCGCAGAAGGACGUCGGAGUAACCCGGCGAUAUUAUCGUCAAGGAGGAUUGCCCGAAAAAUACGUAAAAGCACUGUCAGUAUGUGGCGACUUCGAGCGUAAGCAUGUGACGCACUUGAAUUCUUAAAGAGCGCUUCGGGAACAAUUUGCCCGGUUCAUGACGCCGUACCCCCGGCUGAUAAAGGAACAAAUGAGAGAGAAGCGUUCCCGAUUCCUCCGGCCCGGGGAAGGAUCGAUACGAUCGUAAAUGGUGUUUCGACGUUUACGAUCCCUUCUUUAGUAUCUCGCAUAAUGAUCCACCCCGAAUAAGACGGUCGUAGGCAGGUGAUGCUCACCUCGAUGCUCACGUCGUCGUAGAACAAAAGUUCGCAAUUACGUAACGGAACUUUAACAGAACGCGUGUAUAACGCUCAGUCCUAACGGAGACCUUGACACGUGCCCUUUCAUCGGCUCGAGAGAGUGUGUCCAGGAUAUUCCUAUUUCCUGUUGCACAAAGAUCGCCAGGUAUUCUGCCAGAUCUAACAAAUUCCAUAAAGGAAAUUCAAAACAAACGGAAUGAGCCAGUGCGAAAUCAUGCUCCGUGAAAACGGCGAGAGGCAAUUCUGAUAAAAAUGCAAUAUCACGCCAUCUAAGCGAGUAACGCGAACAGUAAGACUUCGGAUCAAAGCCGUAUAGCGCGUGUGGGUGGUGCAUGUGAACGAAAUUUACGGGAGUUGUGUGCGUGAUCGUGUAUUGCUUGUUGGGCCUUUGCUGUGGCCGCGCUGAAACGAAAAAGGACGAAGAGAUGGCGGAAAAGGGCAGCAAUGUCACACCGGAAGCCACCGUAAUUCAGUCGGAUGGCUGUGAGGAGCAACGAAAGGAGCUAUAUCCAAACACGGUGGAACGUAGAGACAUUGCGGUGGGGAAUUGCGACGGGAAAAACAAGAGAACGACAAACGACAUGAACGAAGAGGAGAAGGAUCAUCGGAUGAAGGCGAAAUCGGAUCAAGCGCAAGAAUUGCAAAUACAGAUGCAACCGCAGGUGCAGCAAACUGACACGCGAGCUGACAGAAAAAUCGAUACGAGUCCGGACCAUAUAUCGGAUGCUGCAUUCAGUAGUCAAAGGGUAUACAAGAAAUCCUCGCCGAAUAAUAAGUUGACACUUUAUCUAGCCAGCAGAGAUAUUAUCGUCGGUGAAGGCAAGAAUGACAACAAACUCCUAGGCGUCCUCUUAGUUGAUCCCGACUAUGUGCGCGAAAAAAAGGUAUUUGGUCAGGUGACACUGACUUUCCGCUACGGAAGAGAAGACGAAGAAGUAAUGGGCCUAAAAUUUUGCAACGAGGCGAUGAUGUGUCUAGCACAGCUGUAUCCAUCCUAUGUAGGAGCUCAUCAUCUGGAAAGUAAAAGCCCACUGCAGGAAGCACUUAUCAAACGACUAGGACCCAACGCACACGCGUUUACGAUAGAAAUUCCAUCAAUCGCCCCUCCAUCUGUACAACUGGUACCAGCUAAGGAAUACAAUGGCCCGCCCAUAGGUAACAGCUACGACAUCAGAGUUUACGUUGAUACGUCAUUAACACCUCGGCGGAUUUUAGCGGAACGAGCGGAUGAACGAUUGCAUCGUAAAACCACCGUCAGAAUGGGCAUUCGAGUGAUCCAGCGAGCCACAAAGCCGCCUCUACCCUCGACUACGUGCAGCGUGCCUCCCUCGACUAUGUACAGUGUGCCUCCCUUUCAAGAGUCAUCGGCUGGUUCGAGAGUUCAAGGAUCCAAAGCGAGAGUGGCGUUAGCGGAAAAUGAGAUCAUCGAGGACGACGAGAACGUGGGAGCACAUGCGGCAGUGGAAAAGCCAUUCUUAUUAAGCGAAGGUCGAGUCAGAUUGGAGGCAGGGUUGGACCACGCGAUCUAUGAACAUGGAGACUCGAUCAAUGUCCACGUCAAUGUUAACAACACAAGCAACAAAUCAGUAAGGAGAAUAAAGGUAAUUGUCGUGCAAUACGUGGACGUUUGUAUGUUUAGUAACGGCAAAUUCAAAAAUGUGGUAGCCCUUAUGUCCUCACAAGAGGAUUGUCCUUUGGGUCCAGGUAGUAAUUUGAGAAAGACUUACGCUCUCAGACUUGUUAAGGGUACGACUAAGAAUUGGAUCGCCUUAGAGGACAGUUACACGAAAACUGGAACAAGUCUGGCGUCAACGGUUGCUAACCCCAGGAAUGGACCCGAUGACAGAAACGUUUACACAAUCUACGUAUCUUAUUAUGUGAAGGUCAAGCUGCUCAUAUCGGCGAUGGGCGGUGAGGUAUCUUUGAAGCUGCCGUUCACGUUGAUGCAUAGUACUACGGAUAUGGACCUGAUGGGAUCUCCUAUUCGAGAUAUACCGAAAGAAUUUGAAAAGAGUACGAACGAGAUCACGGAAAAAUCCGACAGCAGUAGUAGCCAUCGAAAUAAGCUAGACGAGACCAAACUGGAUGCGAUUGAAGAACAGAAAGAGUCGAGAGUGACUGACGUGGAUUUAAUAGAGCAUUGCGAGGAGAGUGACAGCACCUGAGAGCGGGCGCAACGAGGCGACGCGAUGUCGCGGCCGUCUGUCAGGAAAAACAACGAUGUGAAGACCAUCAAGAAUUCAAAUCACAAGGCUUGCAGACUGAGCGUCAGCAUCCAACGAGCUUGGUGUUGUUUCAGAAGGGCCUCUUAGUAAACGAAUAAACGGAACUCUCGUAGCAGUAACGACUGACUGAUAUCAUUUUGCUUGUACUUGUCAUUGUAAUUCUUCCUGUUUUCUCAUAUGGAAAUCUCGCAACGGCUGCACAAAAUAAGAGAAAAAAAGAAUAAGAUAAUGUAUAGAAAACCUUGUCAAUUGUCGUUAGAAUCGUUGGAUGUACACGUAAAUGUGGAUAUCUUGUUUUCUUUUGGAGAAAAGUGCAAAUUCAGAGAUUAUCAAAUUAUAUGCCAUCUUGAAAAAACAAUAAACAACUUAUUGCGCUUUACAUAUUUUCGUAAAGAAAAUUUUAUAGAAGCGCGAUUAAGAAAUGGUAUUUUCUUGAAGACUAAUAAGUUAUAUGCCAUCCAUUCGUAUCAUAUUUGUCGCACGAAUCAAAGCAAGAUUUUGCUCGCUCUCGAUAAAAGAGGAAAUGUUUCAAUGAAUGUCAUCACUGUAACCAAAUGUGUGAAUUUGCUACUAAUGUAUCAUAUGUAAAUUGUAUUUUUCAGCAUAAAAGAAGCGUGGAUUUCAUUGAAAAAUUAUAAUUUAUCAACAUCGCAUAUUUUUUAUUUAAGAACGUAGAAUCGAUACAAAUCUUAACCUUCAGCAUACACACAUCAAAAAAAUUACGUACAUACACAUGGGUGGGCGAUAUCCCAACCACUUAAAACGGCUUUAGUACCUAAAGCAUUGUAUCUGAAGGUCUAGAAAAAUUUAUGUAUAUUCUUUAAACAGUCUAAAACUACGCCUAAUUGUAGAAAAUGAAAUUAAAUAAACUUUCGCUGGAAUGUCCAUCACUCUGCCGUGUAUGUUGAAGGUUUAUAAAAAUGACUUAUAUUAUUGAGGACACAACAAUUGUUAAAAUUUUAGUAUGCAUUUGGAUUCCAUAAAAUCGCUAUUAAUUUUAACUACAUAAAAUUAAAUUAAUAAAAUGGAUAAUUAUUUAGAUUAGGGGAUACCGCACCAAUGACCUUGAUCUAGAUAUAUGUUAUACAAAUGAGAGUAUCGGAUCAACUUUUCCUUAUAAAUUAAUCGGCGGUCUUAUAUAAUUUUUUAGAUAAACUUACAUAAAGUUUGAAAAUGUUAAUUUUUAUUUAAAUUAAUAAACACUUUAUAACUUUAACCUUAAUGUAUGUUAUCAAAAUCAUAAUUCUGAGUAACUUACAAAAGAUUUUAGUUAGUUAUCACUGUUUAUUAAAAAGUUAUUAACAAAAAACACCCGGUGCUUGCGGCCCAAAACUACUCAAUAACUGUUCUAUUUCCAAGUGUAGAUAACUACUUUUUUAUAUAAGUAUGGACCAAUUAUUCCAACUUUUUGUUAAAUUUACUUAUCAGAUAAAUAUGUGUCUGUCUUUAUUUAUUUAGAAAAAAUUAAAAGCACACAUGCUUACUCGAUAAGUAAGCUAACCAAGAAAUUAAAACAACUGGCCCUAUAUCUAAAAAAUUACAAGAUCGCUGGUUAGUUUUAAAAAAAAGUUGAUCAGUACCAUCAUUUGUAUAACAAAUGUCAAGAUUAAAGUCAACGGUCUUGGUGCCUAAUCUAAAUAAUUACAUAAAAUGUUUUAAAUAAUUAAUUUAAUUGUUUAUAUAUAUUUUUUAUUUGCCAUUAAAAAUGUUAGACGUAAUUGUACAAUUAAACAGCUAACUAACUUGUUUUAAUAAUUAUCUACAUCUGGAACCUUACAAUAAUUUAAUUAAUAUCUUAGUAAUGUUUUAAAUCAUUUUUUCAAGAGCAUUACUAAAUUUUCUAUUGAAUUUCUUUAAUUUAGCAAAAGUCAUCUUUAGUUUAUAAAUAUAUUUUCAUCCACUUUUUAUUUGUAUAUGAAAAUAUUACAUAGUAAAUAAAGUUAAAUUUUUGUAAAAGCAUACUAAAAAGUUUUGGCCGCAAUUAUUCAUAUAAUUUUUAUAUAUAUCUAUCAAAGUAUUAAGUAUUUUAAAAAGUAAUGUAACGUGAUAUAUCGUUUGAUGUAUUUGUCAUAAGAUACUAUGUAUAAAACUAACUUAAACUUUUCUUUAAUUGCAAUUUUUAUGGAUUAAUCAGUUAAAAUUUUAUAUUUUGAUAUAUUUUACAUUUUAAUAUUAGUUUUACUUUAAAUAAUAUUCUACACAGAUUUCUCUAAUUUGUAAAGAUUAAAACAUUUUGAUUUUUUGAUCAUAUCUUCUUAAGGGGAUGCUGGACUGCCUCUCAAACUUCGGGGUCGAUAAUGUAGAAUCAUUCGUGCACAUUAUUAAUGAGAUUUCGUAUAUAUUUCUUUUAUAGAUUUGGAAAUUCUUUUCCAGAAUUAAAGUACACAUAUUAAUAGCAAUCUGUGAAUUGGAUUUUAUAUCUAGAACGAAAAAAAUUUUUUCAUAUUACUGUACUUAUCGACUUCUUUCGAAUCCGCAUUCAUUAUUCUCUUAUACCAAAGCUUCUAGCUUAUUUCUCUGAAAACACAUUAUUAUUCUUUCCUGUAAUGAUAACGGUGCAUAACAAUUAUUUUAUACGUAUAGAGUUUUUAAAACUUAGUGCUGCAAUAAAAGUUACGAGACGACUGCACAAAGGUAUAAUUUUCUAAUUUUUUUCGUUUUUCACAUAAAAUUGUAGUUAGCCACCGUUUGUUAUUGUCUAUACUUUAAUUCUGGAGGAGAAUUUACAAUUCUAUAAAAUCAAUUAGGAGCCAAGCGUAUUCGAAAAUAAUUAGCGUUCAAUCGAUAAAACAGACGACUCCAGCAUCCCCUUAAAACUUUCAGAAAAAAAAUCUCAAGAAAUAUGUGUUCCUGUAUAUUUACACCAAUAAAUAAUCAAGACAAUUCGCAUAUGUAAUAUUUCACGUAUUCUUACAAACUACAGAAAUUUUAUUGCUAACUACCUAAAACUUUGUAAACAUAAAUUAUUUCAAAUUGUUUGCGUUUUUUAUCUUCUUAUUUGUUUAACAUAUAAAAAAUCUCCUACUGCCACUUUAAUGACUCAUAACCAGAUUCUGCGUUCAUUAAUUUGAAAAUAAGAAAAUAAAUAAAACAUUUUUUAAUCUUAUAUACAAAUUGUCGCUAUAACCAUCUAUACAAAGUAAUAUAUACCGAAUUAAAAAUAUCAAAGAUAUUUUUUCAAGAGAAUGAUAAAGAUCUAUUUUUUAUUCAAACAAUCAAUGUACAAAUUAUCCCACUAUAUCAUUAUAUAAAAUUUAAAUCGUAUAUCUUACUGCAAGUUUGAUUUCUUUUUAAAUAAAUUCUAAAGCAAAAACUUUAAAGACAAGUUGCAGUUUUAAUCUUGUAAUCAUGACUAAGAUUUUAAGAAUAUCAAGAUAAAAUAUUUUGAAAUGUAUUCACAAAUAAAAAUACAUUUAAAUUGAACAAAAUUAUCUAUGUGUCUAUACAUCUCUGCAAUAUCAAUUUUACAAAAAUUUUUAUUUGUAUAUAAACUUUAAUUGUAUAAUGUAACAUUUAUAAUUAACAUAUUUUAUUUAAUAAUGAUGAAAUAUUUUGCACAAUUAUAUUAUUUCGUUUGUAAAUGAACAUUAUACUAACUGACCAAUCUUACGAAAAGCAAUGAGACUAACAAAAAAAAGUAAAUCAUAAUAAUAAUUUUCAACUAAAAUGGUAUUAAUACCUAUGUCAAUAAUACUUCAAUCGCUUCUUUAUCCACAAUAAAGAUGUAAAGAUGUACAGAUUGUAUCUUUAGCAUUGUAAAUAAUAAAUAUAUGUAUUAUAUAUGUAUGUAUAUAAUAGUUACAUAAA